AUGCAACGGUAUUAUCAUCAGAAUCCAAAUGCUUUGGAAGAACAUCGACAAUUCGAAAUCAGCACUAAAGAAUUUAUAUCUAAGAGACAAACAGCCCAGCCGUACAUUAUUCCUGUAGUUGUUCAUGUUUAUGGUAAAAUAUUUAGUGGAACUAAAGUGGAUGAAACUAUCAUAAAGACAGCAAUUGACAAGGUGAAUGAGGAUUUUCAAGGACGGAACGAUGAUUUCAAUACAGUUAAUUCAGCUUUUAAAGAAAUAAAAUCAGCAUUUAGUGUUACCUUUAAACUAGCUACACUUGAUCCAGAUGGAAAAUCAACAACUGGAAUCGUUUGGUAUGAUGAACCCCGAUAUGGAUAUGCAACGGGAAUGUUCGAAGAUUGGAUACAGUAUGAUGCAUGGGAUAAUUACAAAUAUUGCAAUGUGUAUAUUCAAUCGGAUAUAUAUGGAAAUGGUGACUUAACUCAGUCUGGUGUUGCUUGGUUUCCAGAUUCUUUUAUGUCUGAUAAGAAUUUAGCACGUAUCGUUUACAAUGGACGCCAUCUUUAUGGAAAUACAAACAAAGAGUUUGCAUCGAUGUUAACUCAUGAAUUUGGUCAUUGGCUUAAUCUCUUCCACACAUUCGAAGCUGGAUGCAUGGAAUCUAGCGAAGGCCCAUGUGAUAAAACUGGAGAUCGUGUAUGCGAUACACCACAAACUAUAAGUAAAGAUGGCUGCGAACCUGUGUAUAAUUGUGCUGGAAAACUCGAGAACAGUGAAAAUUAUAUGAGCUAUACUGGUGCAGAUGGAUAUCAUUUAAUACAGAUACUUGAUUUUGAUAUUGUCGGAUUAAAUUAUUUUAAAAAAGCACUUGGAUUUGUGUCAGCUGAUGGAAAUUUUCAUCUUCGACUAGGUUUUCGAAAUUUACUUGAACGUUUAUUAUUAUUAGUAAAAUCGAAGAAAAACUCAUUAGUUAAAAAUCCUGAAUUAACACAUGAUCAUAUUGAAAAUGAUAUUUUUAAAAAACUAAUAGAAUUAUGA